UACUCUACUAACCCUAUUAAAGUUAUAUCUGUACAAUUACUACAGUUAGAUAAAAUGUCUUUCGCAACUUGACGACUUUUCUAUGAGCAUCUUGAUGCAUGCGACACUGUUUACCUUUUGUUAACUAUGAAUCAACACCAUAAUUACUACUUCCACCACGACAUCUUCCAAUUGACUGAUCCACCAUGUUUAACAAGAAAAUGUCAAGCUUAAGUCCCAGUCGAGGGUCUUCACUGGCUCGAGCUAUUCAUGUACCUAAAAAUAAUAUAUUUCUGAUCCGUGAUUCAAGUUCAGAAGUUAAGCCUAUCAAGAAGUAUGGCCGUAAUAGUAAGAAAUACUUUAAGAAUAUGGCAAAGAAUAAUGUAGUAGCACGCGAAGAAGAAGGAGAAGAAGAAGAAUUUGGAAGAUCCAAUAGUAGUAGUAGAAGAAGAUAUAAUAAUUAUACCCUUGAAAUUAAAGAUGAAGAAAUUAAAGAUGAGACUACUGAUGAUUUUGAUGAUGGAAUAAUAAAAAUCCCUGAGUUAAGUAAAGAACUAAUUAAAAAAGAUACUCUGAUCUUACCGGGAUUAAGUGAUAUUGAAGAUGAAGAUGAAAUAGAAGAAAUCCCUCUGUAUGAUGGGUUUGCUGUUAAAGUAGCCAAUGGGAAUAUAUUGCAUGAAUUGACUAAACAGAAUCAAUCAAAGAUAGAUGAAAUUAAGAGGAAUUAUAAAAAGUAUAAAUUACCAAAUACAAUUGAAUCUAAAAAGAAAUUAUAUAAAAAGGCUAAAAGAUAUCUUGAUAUUAUACCAAAUAUACUUAAAGGUAAAGAAUCUACAUCAUAUUAUUAUGAAUUAGCUAAAAAGCAACGAGAUUCUUCACCUCAUGAAACUAUGGCUGUGAGUGAAAAAUGGGAAAUUGAUUGGAAGAAAUAUUUUGGAGGUUAUUAUGGAUUUAAGAGACAACUGUUAUUAGGAGAUCUUAUUAGUAAUAAGUUUGAUAAAGAAUUACGAGCUGCAGAAAAGAGAAAUAAAACUGUUUCUUAUUGGACUACUAAUGCAUUCAGUACUUAUAUUUUAGCCAAUGAAAUUAUUAUUCGAAUGACUAUGGAUGAUAUGAAAUUAAGUUUUACUAAGGCAGAAGAUAUAAUUAAAUCAACUGUAGAAUUUGGAAUCAUAGUAGCUGAUUCUAUAGAGAUUGCUAAUGAUGUAACUCCAGAACAUGUAGAAACUGCUGAAUUUAUGAAAGAAUUCAAAAGAAAUCAUGAAGAUGAAUCACCUAUUCAACCAUCAUCUAAACGAUCACGAUCUCAUAAAGAUGUGUUACAAGUAGUUCUUGGUAAGGAGUAAUUAUAAAUUUGUAUAUAGUAUAUACACACUAUAUAUACACUAUCUAUAGUAUAUAUAUACACUAUCUAUAGUAUAUAUAUACACUAUCUAUAGUAUAUAUAUACACUAUC